AUGAGUGCUACCAUCGGCGUUGUUGAACAGUUUACAGCGAUCGCUGUAAAGUCCAAAGUCCGAGCCGAGUCGCUUUCGCAUAUCGUGAUGUCCAGCAGUGGCCGCGGCGGCCGGCACUACGCCGAAUCCGGGUUCCGGGAGUCCGCUAGCGACGGCGGCGCCUCUCACAGUUCUGUGUCCGGUAACGGGGGCUCACAGGGGGCGGCAACCACCGGCGAUGGAUUUCAUCACAAUACAAGCGAUGCUCACAGUUUCAACCACAAUUCUGCUGCAUCUGGAAGUGCAUCGCUCAAUUCAUCAGGAUCGGGUGCUCCAGCCGACGCAACUGCAGCCGCCUUAGUCAUACCAGAGAAAGCGUCUUCAUUUAGUAUUCAUCCUGGUCGUCUGUGCAGGGAUCAAUGUCAUUACUGUGGAGGAAAAUUCGGUUUAUUUGAUACGCCCUGCCAUGUUGCCCAAAUCAAAAGUUUGGAUAGGCAGAAACGGAUAUUGGAAAUGGAAGAGAAGCUGACUGUGGAUAACUGUCUCUGCGACGCAUGCUACCGACACGUAGAUAGGCGUGCCAACUGUCCUUCGUAUCGGAAACGCCUCAGCAAUAGUAAUAACGGAAAUGCGCAUCAGGCUACUUUCGAGGAUGCCUCAAAUAACCAGGAUCAGACCACCCAACAAUCCCAGCAACAACAAGAAACUAUAAAACACAGAUGCCGUGUCGUCGGAUGCCGGGAAGACGCCACGAAUACCUUGAGACGGAAAUGGUUACUGAAAAUGAAGAAGAACGUUGAAAAAAUUUUGGAUCUUCUGCCUGAGCCUCCCCUUCAGAAUAUGACGUCGCAGCACGGAAACAUCCACCUGUGCACGUUGCACUACGACGCCGUCUCCCACCUGCUCGUCUGCGCGCUCUGCAAGCGUCGCCUGGCGCGUAACCAUGCCCACUAUUUGGCCGCAGCCGAAUCGUCCCGCGCCUCUGAUCUGCUUCGAGCUCAGGGAAUCCCACAUCUUGGCCUGGAUGCGGGCCAGGGUGGAUCCAGCGCGGUUUGUAAGCUGUGCCGAUAUUACGUGGGUUUGUUAUUUAAAGCUGAUGCUGAAGGAGGAAGAACGUCUAAGGCUGCGUUUAUCAAGAGUUACAGACGACGGCUUCUGGAGUCUCAUAACAUGGAAAUCGUUGAAGAUGAGUCUGAUACUGAGGAUCCGUUAAUUCAGCAAUUUGCACCAGAAGAAACAAGCGUGUUAGGAAACAAGAAAGCCAAAACUGCCAAAACAAAUGUAAAGAAGUCUAGAAAAUCUACGGAAUCUACUACCGAUAUUCAAACUGAGAAUUAUGACUCGAUUGAUAAUGAAAAUAAACAAACUGAUGCAGAAGACAUAGAGAAUAUAAUUUCUAAAAACACUAUACAUAUCAACAGAAAUUCAGAUCUGACUACGAAUCAAUCAAAACAGCAAAAAUUAAAUGAAAUAACUUCACAGAAGCCAGGGCAAAGUGUACUACUAUCUAACUUAUCUAACUCUAUGCAUAAAAAAAUUAGGUUGGAUGAGAUUUUAUCACAGCAACAAGAAUCAGAGCAAUUGAAAGCAGAAAAGGUUCAACAACUUAGGUCGAACCCAUCACUUUCUGUGAGAGAAUUGUUUCCAGGAGAAGAAGAAAUGGGAUUACAUGCAAAUAUUCCUCUUAAUAGAGGUGGUCCUCGAACUCCUGAAGGCUGGACAAAGUGCACAACCACGAUACAGUAUGAUGAAGAGACUAGGAGACUAUGGAAUCAUCUACAAGAACCAUAUGGAAACCAAUCUAGCUUUUUACGUCAUUUAAUUUUAUUAGAGAAAUAUUUUCGCUCUGGGGAUUUAGUGUUAUCUCAAAAUGCCACAUCUAGCGCGACUAAUUAUUCAGAAUCUGUACAAAGUCGAUUAAGGUCUUUUGAUCAUAUUCCAACAACAGUAAAUUCUGAAAUGCCUACCGGAUAUAGACCUAAUUUGACAGUAACUAAAAAACCAUCAUCAGAACAAUUAGUUAAUUCUUCAGCUCACAUUCCUCCUGCAGAAUUACCUCUUAGUGAAAUCACUCAGCUUACUAAAAAAUUCAAAUUAGAUAAGAAAAGUAUAGGAUCAAUGCAAAUUGGAAAUAUGGUAUCACUUGCAAAAUCAUCGAGCGCUUUUGUAAAGCCUGUGAAGAAAGGUCAAGAAACAAGUCAUAAUAGGUCUCCAAGUGUCCCACCAGAUUUAAUCUCUAUCGGAAAUAAAAGUUCUAUCAGUGCGGCUCCUAUUAGUGCUUUGAAACGCUCAAGUUUGCCUUCGACCUCAAUUGAAUCACCAGUAACAGUUGCGUUAAAAAUUUCUGGAAAUUCAACCACAAAUGUUAGUAGCAAUAGUGCGCCUACGACAGAUACUAGUCCUGCCUUCGUGUCUGCUAGUUUAGCAAUACAGGCUGCAGCAGCUGUGACUUCAGUUCCAACUGCUUCUUCAACUACAUCGACAUCCCAAUGUGCUGGUACAUCUGGCAGUUCCUUGACUGUUGUUCCAGUAACAGGAUCUUCAACAACUUCUCCUGAUGCUCCUGCAUCUAAAGAACCGUCACCAACUCCUGCAAGUACUCAAACGCCGACGCCAGCAACAACCACGUUGUCUGCAGCAGAACCAAUUAAAAAAACCGGUUCAGCAGUGAAGCCAUGGAGGCCCACAUUGAUUCCAAUUGACCCUAAUAGUGAGCCUCCGAAUCCAGGGCAAUUGUUCCAAACAGUUGAUGGUCGGAGAUUACCUAGUCUUGUCCAAGUGAUGUCUGGUGGUAAACCAUACCACAUUUCCAUUCAGGAUUAUAAUAGAAUGUGCAUUUUGCGCCGACAAAAAGUUGUGCAAAUGCAGAAAACUCAGCUAAUACAAAAAAUAAAAGAUGCUCAAAAACUGACAAAAAUCCAACAGAGGCAAAAAAUUCAGUUGUAUCAUAAAAACUUGACAGUAGCUCGAACAACAACAGCUGUUACAAAUACUUCUAUCAGUAAUACAGCAACAAUUACAAAAUCAGAUGCUGUUUCAAUAGCUUCUGAAGAAGGUUACUGGUCAUGGGAAAGUAUAAAAAAGCAAAAGAUGUCGGAUGAAGAUAGCAAAUCCCAAAUGGAAACUAUGCUUUCAAAAAUUCCCAAAUCUCUAACAGUGAUACCACAGAAAGCUGUAAACCGCACCAAUUCUAUCAGCCCUAAUUCUGUUCCAACUAAUACUAGUUUGCUUAAAAAUCAAAUUGACAAGAUUCCUUAA